AUGGCUCUGCUCGGCCAAUCUAUCCCGAUUUCUUUUAACAGAAUAUAUGUCAAUGGGGAAUACGUAGGGCCAAAUUCGAAAAAUGAGUUGUCGCUAUUCAAUCCAAAAGAUAACACACUAGUUGCAGAGAAGAUACCUAUUGCAGAUAAGGUGGACGUUGACAAUGCUGUAAAACAUGCCGAAGCAGCUUUCAAUGGCCCAUGGGCUUCAUUCACCUCAUCACAGCGAUCAGAAUGUUUUAGAAGACUAGCUGAUCUUCUGGAGACAAGAUUGUCUGACAUUUUGGCUCUCGACUCUCUUACAACGGGAAAUCCUGUAUCCCUGAUCCCGACAAGAGAAAAGAAUUACAUUAAAAAUUGUCUUUUGUACUACGCCGGUUGGACUGAUAAAUUACGAGGAGACUACUUUCCUGCUGACGAUGGAUUUGUUAAGCUCGUCCGACAAGAGCCUCUUGGUGUAUGCGUUGCCAUCAACCCGUAUAACUCGCCUGUAGCAUCACUGUUCAUCAAGGCUGCGCCAUGCUUGGCAACAGGAAACGUCCUCAUCGUGAAACCUUCAGAAAAGAGCCCACUAGGCUCUCUCGCCGUCGCUCCAUUGUUUGAAGAAGCUGGCUUCCCACCUGGCGUGAUCCAGGUUCUUCCAGGCGAUGGUAAGACUGGCGCGUUGCUAGCUGAGCACAUGCGUGUGCGAAAAAUUAGCUUCACAGGUUCCGUUGCUACGGGGAAGAAGAUACAAAUUGCAGCUGCGCAGAGCAACCUGAAACGGGUAACACUGGAGCUUGGAGGGAAAAGUCCAGCAGUCAUAUUUGAAGACGCAGAUAUGGAUAAUGCAGUUACCUGGACCGUCAAUGGCAUCUUGGCUCGAACGGGUCAAGUAUGCGUUGCCGCUUCUCGAGUUUACGUGCAAAAAUCGAUAUCUGGGAAGUUUAUUUCUCAAUAUGUUGAACGAAUGAAAGCAGCAGCACUUGGUAUAGGGGAUCCUCAAGACCCAGAUACAAAGUACGGUCCUUUAGCCGACUCAGCAGCAUUCGAGAAAGUACGCGCCAUGAUUUCUCGAGGAAAAGAGGAAGCGGAGCUAGUGUUUGGUGGUAAUCGAAUCGGGACCGAGGGGUGCUUCAUUGAGCCAACCGUGUUCCUCAAUCCAAAGCCAGAUGCAGAGAUCUACAAGAGUGAAGUGUUUGGUCCAGUUGUCGUUGUUAAAACUUUUGACACCGAAGAGGAAGUGGUUGAAGCUGCGAACGAUACAGAAUAUGGCUUGAUGGCGGGUAUUUUUACCAGAGAUAUUAAUCGCGCGUUGAGGGUCUCAGCUCGCAUUGACUCUGGAGUUGUGGGCGUGAACUGCGUGAGCAUGAUGCAUAUACAAGCUCCAUUUGGAGGAAAGAAGGCAUCGGGGAUCGGUAGGGAGUUUGGAGAAUACGCUUUGAGAGCUUUUACCGAGCCAAAGACCAUUUUGAUCAAGUAG